AUGAGAACUCGAGAACUUCACAGCAAGCUCACAGUGACACGCCCCACCGGUUCUGAUGUUGAUGCUCUUUUCCUAAUUCAACCAAGCCAAAUAUCGAUGAUAUCUAAUGACUCUAUCUCAGACACAAGAUCCUCCCAUGAACAAUUUGUUGAUCCUUUCGCUCUCUUGGAACUCUAUGGUAAUGUUGAGGAAGUCAAUUCGAAAGUCGACAAUGUCAAUACCAAGGUCAAAUCACGUGAAUUUGAAAUAGAUUUGGUGAUCAAAUCUCUUUCUGAGAUCAAGUCUGCUACUUUAUCGAAACUUGACAGAGCUAAUCAAUUUGAUCAACCUAUAUUUCUUCAGUUGAAGCGCACCUUGGAAGAAGCUAAUGAAAGACACAGAGACAAUUUAACAACCACAUCUCCAUUAUCCCUACAAUGCUCAAUAUUCAUGACACCAUAA